CAUUUCCCAGCAGUCUUGGGUGCACCACACCUCUCCCAGCAGGCACUGGUUCACCGCAGACUAUUUAACCAGUUCAGUGCCCGUUUCCAAGUGGGUUUGAAGUGUCCGGCCAUUCUGGGGUGAGGGUGGGAUUCCGCCGCGGGUGGAAUGCCUGGGGCACAGAUGAAGCGGGCCAAAUCUUUGGGCCUGGUAUAGGAUUGGGCCUCUCUCCCGUCACGGUCCUGGCCUCACCCCCAGCUUCCUGGUGCAGACUUCCGAAUCCUCUCUUCCGAUGCAGUCUCCUUUCUAGAACGUGGGAGCCUAGCCCCAGUUGGACCCCAUCCCGCUCUGCUUAAGCUUUGACCCCAGGCCCCUGCAGGGGUUACCCCUUUGGUCUGGCAUCCCCCUUUAAGCAGUGCGGGGACUACAUCUCCCAGUGGCCCUGGGAACUUUCUGACGCAGCACCCCCCUCCACCACCCCCCACCCCAGCCCUCGGGGAGGUGCGGGCCGGGCGGGGGGAGGUGACUUGAUGUCAUCCUGAGCAGCUGGGCGGCGGGUGCCGGUGCGCACAGAGCCAGGGCUCCCGCAGCGCCGCGCCGCGCUGGGUCGGGUCCCAAGACUUGAGGAGAGGUCUGCACGCUGCCGGGGUAGCCCAGAGCGCACCGGACGCCCGCACCCCGAACUGGGGCUGAGCUGGGGGCAUGCUCCGGCUCUCCCGGAGCCCGAGAGAGAACCCAGGAGCGCCGCCACCCAGAGCCAGCGCCCGGAGCGGAACCGCUGCGAAGGAGACCUGAACAGCCGCCCCUUCCCCACCUGCAGCCCCCGGUGGUUGGGGACGGGAGUCUGGGCUUCUGAGAAAGCCAGGGUGAGAACCCUAACUGGACUCUUCGGGACCCCCAGGAAGGACCUGAGGCCUGAGCCAUCCUCCUCUCUACUCUGCCUGCCCCCAGGACUGGGCAGUUGCCGAAGGCCCUGGCGGGGGGGGGCCCAGACUGUGGUUGUGUGCCCCCCCCCCCCCGCCAGGAUGGGCCCAAGUUAGUCAGCCUCACCCCGUUCGGCAUCCUCCAGGCCCAGAGGGAACCCCAGGGGCUCUGAAGGCUUGACCCACCACCUGGCCACCAUGGAGACAAAGCUGCCCCCUGCAAGCACCCCCACCAGCCCUUCUUCCCCAGGACUAUCUCCUGUGCCCCCACCCGACAAGGUGGAUGGCUUCUCCCGCCGUUCCCUCCGCAGGGCCCGGCCCCGGCGCUCCCAUAGCUCCUCCCAGUUCCGCUAUCAGAGCAACCAGCAAGAGCUCACUCCACUGCCGCUGCUCAAAGAUGUGCCAGCCUCGGAGCUGCACGAGCUCUUGAGCCGGAAGCUGGCCCAGUGUGGGGUGAUGUUUGACUUUUUGGACUGUGUGGCUGACCUGAAGGGGAAGGAGGUGAAGCGGGCAGCACUGAAUGAGCUGGUGGAGUGUGUGGGGAGCACCCGGGGGGUCCUCAUUGAGCCUGUCUACCCAGACAUCAUCCGCAUGAUCUCAGUGAAUAUCUUCAGGACCCUACCACCCAGUGAGAACCCUGAGUUUGAUCCUGAAGAGGAUGAACCCAACCUGGAGCCUUCCUGGCCACAUCUGCAGCUGGUAUACGAGUUUUUCCUGCGUUUCUUGGAGAGCCCAGAUUUUCAACCCUCCGUGGCCAAGAGAUAUGUGGAUCAAAAGUUUGUGCUGAUGCUCCUGGAGCUAUUUGAUAGUGAGGACCCCCGGGAGCGUGAGUACCUCAAGACCAUCCUGCACCGGGUCUAUGGCAAGUUCCUGGGGCUCCGGGCCUACAUCCGCAAACAGUGCAGCCACAUCUUCCUCCGGUUCAUCUACGAACUUGAGCACUUCAAUGGUGUGGCUGAGCUGCUGGAGAUCUUAGGAAGCAUCAUCAAUGGCUUUGCACUGCCCCUGAAGACCGAGCACAAGCAGUUCCUGGUCCGGGUCCUGAUUCCCCUACACUCUGUCAAGUCACUGUCUGUUUUUCAUGCCCAGCUGGCCUACUGUGUGGUGCAGUUCCUGGAGAAGGAUGCCACCUUGACAGAGCACGUGAUCCGGGGGCUGCUGAAAUACUGGCCAAAGACCUGUACACAGAAGGAGGUGAUGUUUCUGGGGGAGAUGGAAGAGAUUCUUGAUGUCAUUGAGCCCUCCCAGUUUGUGAAGAUCCAGGAGCCGCUCUUCAAGCAGGUGGCCCGCUGUGUGUCCAGCCCCCAUUUCCAGGUUGCAGAGCGGGCUCUGUAUUUCUGGAACAAUGAGUAUAUCCUGAGCCUCAUCGAGGACAACUGCCACACUGUGCUGCCUGCUGUGUUUGGGACCCUCUACCAAGUCUCUAAGGAACACUGGAACCAAACCAUCGUAUCUCUGAUCUACAACGUGCUCAAGACGUUCAUGGAGAUGAAUGGAAAGCUGUUUGAUGAGCUCACGGCCUCCUACAAGCUAGAAAAGCAGCAGGAGCAGCAGAAGGCCCGGGAGCGUCAGGAGCUAUGGCAAGGCCUGGAGGAGCUACGGCUACGCCGGUUACAGGGGACCCAAGGGGCCAAAGAGGCACCCCUCCAACGGCUCCCACCCCCGGUGGCCACCAGUGGGGGUCAGAGCUAGAGAUCCCCUAGAAGGGGAGGAGCUGAAUCCAGAGCUGUCAGUCCCUCCAUCCCCUCUGCCUACCCAGGGGCCCACAGAGACACACCUACCCCUGGCCUUGCCAGAGCGGGCUUGGAGGGCUCCCUGCCUGGCCCAGCGUGGGCAGCUUUCACUGUGGGGAGAGGAGGAGAGGAGAUGGUGGUCCUGGCAACAGAACUCGCAGGCCUUUGUGGCAGGACUUGACCAGGGCAGGCUUGACCGGGAAGCUGCCACUGGGGACUGCACCUGCCCCGCACAGCUGGGCUCCAGACUGCAGGCAGGUUCCCCCCCUGCUCCUGCCUAGAGCAAGGGGACUCAGCCCCUCGCCUGCCCCGCCUCGUGCCAGCACGAGGUCCUUCCUCACCCUACCAUGGGAUCCAUGGUCUAUUUAUUCUCCCCAGCUCACCCCAACACAUGCCCCUGGGGCGUCUUCUUUCCCUCCUCUCCCUCACCCUGUACUUCCUUGUCCCCUUUUUAUUUAUUGGGCAGGGGGAGGGGUGAGGGCACAGGCAGAAGAGAUGCCCCGUGUCCUAGGGUGGGGGGGGUGUCACAGUUACCAUGGUCUGUCCCCCUUCCCCUGGCUGGGGGUAGACUUUAAAUAAAGAGAGCAACUUGA